GCCUGCCCUUCUCAUUGCAGACGUUGGGUGAUGCCUCCUUUCUCACCACCAGCGUGGGCCGUGGUUUCCAAGUCUUCGAGUGCGAAAAACUGCGCUUGGCGUACAUCGGACCGCGCUUCAACGAGAAGGUCCGCGCGCUCAUCACUGUGGGGGAAACCAUCAUCACUGCACUGAAGCAG